GUGGUAUUGAAAUUGUGUACAUUAUUAAUGUCGCGAUCGAUAAACGUGCGUGAGGUUGCUCGAAAGACGAUUAUCUCCGUCGUUGAGGCACUUGGACCGAAGUAUUUGCCGUUUGUCGUGAAGGAAAUGAAGAUGAUCUUGAAUAAAGGAUAUCAGGUUCAUGUGAUGAUCUUCACAACACAUGCUCUAAUAUCAGCUAUGGAAGCGCAUCUCUCACCCAAAGAUCUUGAUGCGUGUCUCAGUGAGAUUAUGCAGGUGUGUAGUAUGGAUUUGUUCGGUGACACUGCAGACGAGAAGGAAAUAUCUGGAAUAACGAAGGAUGUACCUGAGGCAAAAGCCAAUCGAACGUUUGAUACGUACACGUUGUUGGGACGAUUCGUGGGUUCACAGUCGAUGGGAAUCGUUUUGAAACCAUUGAGAGAGAUUGAUGUUGUGAUAUAUUCAACAUACGAUAAAUGCGAUCGAGUGAAGCGUAGUAGGGUGGAUUUAUUUGCGGUGGAACAACACGGGCGUAUCGAGACCAAUUGA